CAUGGCGACGAACUGCUGUUUGUUUUGAUCCCGCAGGAUUUAGUUGAAUUUCUUAAGAAUCUCUCCGUUUUUGUCGAAUCUCCGUUACGAAAAUGAAUCCUACACUAAUAGCCGUUAUCAUCUCUACUUUGUUUAGCUCAGCUCUCGCCAUACGUUGCUAUCAGUGUUCCUCACCGACGGAUCCCAAGGGGGUGGACAACUGUGGCGCAUACAAGAAAUUCAAUCGAACGCAGAAUAUUGCCAUCGAGUGCAACAGCGAUGAGUCAAACAUGCCGGGUUCGUUCUGCAUGAAGGUGGUACAUCAGAGCCCUCGAGGAUUUAUUUGGGACGGCCGAUGGCGUCAGGUGAUCCGACGGUGCGCCUCGGUAUCGGAAACCGGUGUCACCGGCGUGUGCAACUGGGGCGUCUACGAGAACGGGGUCUACUGGGAGGAAUGCUAUUGUGCCCAGGAUGGCUGCAACCAUGCGGCGAAAUCUGUCACCAUUUCGGCAGUGAGCCUUGUGUGCCUUAUAGUUUUAAGUUUCAUGUUCAGACAAAUGUUCGCCUAACGGAAUUUCUGUUAAGUACAAACAUACAAACUGAAAGCUAACAAAAUCCAUUCCAUUUUAUCAGAUAGAACGACAACUCAAGGAAAUUUUACCCGUUGUUUAUACACACCUGACUCCGUCCAGAGUAUUUUGUUUUAAGAGGUUAAAAAUCGAUUUUACUGUUUAUUACGUACACGUAGUAAGAAUAAAUAAUAGGUAAUUUUAAUGAAAA